CAUUUUCUAUCAGUUCACAACUAUAAAUCAACACAAUUUGAGGUUUGGUUAAGAAUUUUUUGGUCAAUUUGAUAAAAAAUAAUAAAUUAGUGCUUGGAAGUUCAAUGAGUUAUGAAUUAAUUAAAGUAUGGAAAACAGAUUUACAAAUGUUAAAAAGCGAUACGUGUAAAACAGGAAGUACCAAGCGAAAAGAUCUCUAGCGUCUGCAUUCUUUGUUCUUGGAAGUGUGGAAGAAGGAAGGGAAAGUUUAACACGAAAAAAACAUACAUGAUUUACAAAGAGCUGGAGGCGAAGAAAAUCAUACAUCAUCAAUCCACUGCCAAUAAUAUAAUUAGUAUAAUUAAUUAAAUAUUAGCUUUAUAUUAAAAGACGACAAAUUUUAAGCUAAAUUCAAGUGCCGAUUUGUAUAGUAACCAAAUUAUAUUGUCAUAGACUAGUACAAGUUAUAGUUUGGGUUGUGAAAAGUAAAAAGUAAUAUGUCCAAUAAUUCCCACUACCAAAACCAAAAUAAUUUUCGUCCAGGCGGUUCAAAUUCUCAGAGAUCUCAUCAUAAUAAUGUUAACACCAAUGGCAUUACCGAAGACGAAUACCGUCAAAGAAAUAAUGCAACCAGAAUGCAAAACGGACACAGUGUGAAACCAUUGAAUAACGUUGCGGUACCCGAUAUGUGCUUAUUUUGUUUUGAGGUGCUUGAUUCUGAGUUAAAUAAUUUGGAUGGACCUGGAGUUCCACAAUUUACUAAUGACGCUUAUCCAUUAUUUGUAACUUGGAAGACUGGUCGUGAUAAGCGUCUUCGUGGUUGUAUUGGAACAUUUAGUGCUAUGCAUUUACAUUCCGGACUACGUGAGUAUGCUUUAACAAGCGCAUUAAAAGAUUCACGUUUUUCGCCAAUCGGCAAAGAGGAACUACCCAAAUUAACUGUAUCCGUCUCAAUAUUGCAAAAUUUUGAAGAAGCCCAUGGGUAUUUAGAUUGGACAUUAGGCAUUCAUGGAAUACGUAUUGAAUUUCUGAAUGAAAGAGGAUGUAAACGAACAGCUACUUAUCUGCCGCAAGUAGCUACUGAACAAGGUUGGGAUCAAACUCAAACAAUUGACUCAUUACUCAGGAAGGGUGGAUAUCGAGCCACAAUCACCCCAGACACUCGUCGUUCAAUCAAAUUAACGCGUUAUCGCUCUCAAGAAAUUCAGAUGAAUUAUAAGGAGUAUCGUGAAAUUUUGGAACGAAGAUCACAAUAUGGCAAAGUGCAAUGCUAACAAAUGCAGAAAAUCAGACUUAUUAGCCACAAUAAUACAAAUUCGUAUAUAUGCAAAAUUAUAGGCAUUAAAGUAACUCUUUAUUAUAUAUACAUGUAUACAUGUAUUGUAAUCGUACGUAAUUCGAAAUAAUCGCGUUUUCCAAUUUAUAUUAACUAAAAA